AUGGAGGAAGUUAAAUGCAUUGAGAGCGCUGAAAUCCAACCAUCUCCAUCCAGCAUUGUUCCUCCUCCGCUGAGGGAUGGUGAGUGUUACCAUGUCUUCAUCAGCUACAGCAGCACUGACUACCAGUGGACCCACUCCCUCAUUGAGCAGCUGGAGUCCUGCGGCCUGCAGGUCUGCUACCAUGAGCGUGACUUCACUCCAGGACGCACCGUGUUGGAGAACAUGUCAGACUGCAUCCAGGAGAGCCAGAAAGUCCUGCUGGUCCUCAGUCCAGAGUUUGUGAGGAGCCGCUGGUGUCUCCUGGAGGCCAACAUGUCUCUGUUCAGGGACUGCCUGGAGAGGAAGCCAAUAGUUCCAGUGCUGCUGGAGCCUGGAGUCUCUAUUCCUCUCCACCUCUGCCACCUCACCUACCUGGAGGUCAACGACCCUGACUUUAAGAGUAAACUGCUCAAGGUGCUCUGCACCCCCAACCAACAGCUGCAGGGCUCCACUGUGGUUCCGUUCCAGCCUCCCUCCAUCUACAACGGGAAGGCCCUGCAGCCUUUGUCUGCUGUCAAUAAUGAAAGAAUGAACAAAUGGUAA